AUGUCUGAACAACCAUCAGACACUUCCAAGGGCCAAGUCAAUCUCCCACUCUCGAUCAACCCUCAUGAUCUGAUCCACCCAACCAGAGAAACAAUGAAGAUAUUAUGGGAUGCAUGUGCAUUCGACAUAUCCGAAUCCGCCAGAUUGAUCAAGAUCAAUCGAUUAUCGCCCGUGAUAGCUUCAAGGGAGAUUGGAAAUUCGCAACGGACUGCACAUGCAAGCAACUUUACUAAAGAUCUUCCCUUAUUGAUAGGAGCGUUAUCUCUCGUUCCAGCUCAUCACGAGGUCUCAAGAAUGUGCUUCGCCGCUCUGGCUUCCCUCGUACCUUGGUCAUCUGAUAGAUUCCUCAUGAUAUAUGAGCAAGCAAGAGAUACAGGACUAGCAGCGAUGGAAGAGACGAUCUUUCUAACUAUAGCUGAAGUCAGCAUCGCCAUGUGCAAAGAAGUGGAUGCAUUUCCAGAGGCUUUAGGGGAUCUGGUGGAUACAGCGCUGGAGAUUUACAAGUGGCUUCCGUUCACUAGCUAUGGAGGAAUGAUAAAAUGGACCGAACUCUUGGAAGAAGCUAUGGUGAGAUGGCCAUACCUCUAUAAGUAUGAUCCAAUUAGAUCGGUUUUGCAUACCAUAAGGAAUCAAAAGAAGUUCUGGUCGGAGGAGGAUAAGGACGGCUGGGCUCAUAGGGCUCUGAGCAAAUACGAUAUACUUAUCGCUCCAACAUUACCAAUAAUACCAAGACCUUCGGCUGACGCGAGUAUACGGGAAUUGAUGGAAAAUGCUGCUGGAGUCAGUCUGAACACCAGUGCAUUCAAUCUUACUGGACUACUAGCUCUUAGUUUACCAAUUGGUUUCUUGCCCAGCUUGGUAGACGGGAAGACGAGAUUACCGGUAGGUAUGCAAAUUAUAAGCAAGAAUUAUGAAGAGGCAGAGAUUUACAAAGCUGCUCAUGCUUGGGAAAAUGACAAUGAUUGGCAUACCUGUGCUUAA